AAUUCACAUGAAAUGAUGGAAUUCAAUGUAUUUUAUUUUGUCAUCUUUUGCAAUUAUUUAGGAGGUGCAACUGGUUCAAGUUGGGGGAUUUCUUCAAUUUUUGGUGGGAAUGAUAACAACCGCACACCUGCUAAAGAAAGCUUAAUAAACAAGUCAUAUAAUGAACCUAUCCACAACAUUGAACAAGCAGUCUCAAUGAUCCAUUUAAGAGAGCCCCCAACUGUAUUGAGGCCCACAGAGAGCCACUCAGAGCAGGAGACAAUUGAAAUUGCAGUCACAAAACUCCUAUUAAGAUCAUACUAUGACAUUGUUAGGAAAAAUAUAGAGGAUUCUGUACCAAAAGCAAUAAUGCACUUCCUGGUAAAUCAUACGAAGCGUGAGCUGCACAACGUCUUCAUUAAGAAGCUUUACCGUGAGAACCUAUUUGAAGAGAUGCUGCAGGAGCCAGAUGAAGUAGCAAUGAAGAGAAAGCGCACCCGGGAAACCCUCCGAGUUCUUCAACAGGCUUUUCGGACAUUGGAUGAGCUGCCUUUGGAAGCCGACACAGUUGAAAAAGGUUACAGUUUGGGUGCUGAUCCAACAGGGUUGCCAAAGAUCCAUGGAUUGCCAACAUCAUCAAUGUACAAUACAAGUAGUUCACAUGAUUCCUACACAGCAUCACCUAAGAAUACGAAGUCUAGAAAGUCGUCUCACUCGGGGGAGCUUCACUCGCCAUUUUAUUCUAAUGCGGAUUCAAACGGAAGUGGACGCAUGUACAUGCCUGGUCUAUAUCCAACUGUUGAUCAAUAAGCGGUUCGAGUAGCACUGCAAGUCUUUCAAAACAGUGUCAAAGUAUUAUAUUCAUUUGAUUGCUCUAUCCGAUUCUGGAGGUAAUUGGAAGUACACCUUCAGCAGGCAGAUUGUUGGGGAGUUAGUACCCGGCAUUGCCUUUACGUCUGCGUAUUUCUCGACCCGUUUAUUUUAUAUGAUACCAUGAUAGUAUAGGAAGCUGAUGAUUGUAUUGUUUUAUUGUUCUUAACUAGGCCCCAAGAAUAACAGGGACCUGUCUCUCUUACCUAUUUUUGACAGAGUCAGAUGGUUCUCUCAACUCCUCACUCUCAGAUAUGCAUAUUUAUGUUAUCUAUAUUUUUCGUUUUUCUUUUUUUUUUCCAUUUGAUCUCUGUUUCGAAAUUAUGCGUACCGCAACAACCAUUUGUUAAUUAUCCAAGUGAGGGGAAAUUUGUUUUAACUUUCUUAUGUGUAUUUUUUCUUGGUAAAGAGUUUUCUUAUGUUUUAUUUCUUUGUUGUAAGAGUAGAAUUCUUAUGUUUUAUUGGCCAUGGAUCCAAAGAUCAAUGGGAAUGUAAUCACAGCCAUCCUUUUACGACUCA